AUGUCUUCCUCUUCUGUAAAUUCAGGCUUCGAUAAUGACAUUCCCAUUACUCGUCACUCCAUCAAGGUUCAGGAUUUACUGGAUUCACCGAUGGAAGACGAAAUACGACAUCCAAGUCGACUUUCAGAGUCACGAAUAGAAACUUCGCGGAGAGUCAAUAAUUCGGCGCGUCUGUUUGCAAAUCCUGAAACUAAACUUCCGAUGAGCGGGUCAGAGAGUGUCGAAUGGAUUAAACAGGAUGGACUUGUUGAAGCAGUGUCCGAUGUAUUUCAUGCCCAGGAAGAAACAGAGGAUCAGGACGCGUUUGAAGACAGCGUACUCGAAGAAAUUGAGGCCCAAAUGCGAAACCUAGAAGAACGAACGCGAUCCAAACCUUCUUACUUUGCAGUAGCACGGCCAGGUGCUCCUGCUGGUUUUUAUGGCACUGGAACCUUUACGCCACCCGAAUACAUAUCCAAAUGGUUUAAUAGACCAAAGGUAAAUCCUGCAUCCACCGAAGAGAGGAAACAAUCGAAACCGAGAGGAAGACAAAGGAAAGCACCUGGUGAGCCAAGAAAACGAGCCGAAAAAGGGAAAGGUCGUCAAACUGAAGAUGGUCCAGAUGGAGUAAAGAAACAAGUGAGAAAGAAAGCUGUAAAUGCCGAACCUAAACCCAGGAAACGAGCACGAGUAAACAAGGACACUGAUACCAAGAUCGCUAAACCUCGAAAACACGUUUCCGUAACAGAAUCCUUUGGAGAUCCCAAGGAUGGAGAUACUGGUAACCAUUCCCAUCGUCCCUUAUCAAUUAAAGCGCAGAUUAAGCAAAGGUUAUUGGACCGUAAACGACGGAAAGAAAGAGAAAAGGCAAAUGGCAAAGAAGGGUCAAGUGCAGCUAGUUCUGCAUCCUCACGACCGAGUACACCACGGAAGAAAUUAAAAGACGUAACUGGAUUAUCAUCAUCCAUUAGUUCAUUAACGUCUUCGCCUAGUUCAUCGGAUAUAGAAGAUUCACCUAUAGGACACCCUGGUGGAAGUCAAUCAGACUUUCUCAACAAUAAUAACAAUACUACUAGCUGA